GAAACAUACGGGGUUGUUUUAAGCAUAUCAGUUAUAAGUUUCAUUCUGAAACCCUAAAACCAUCCUGCUAAAUAUAAAGCUGCAGCUGAGCCAAAUUCGCCAUUCUCUGUAUUCAAGACCCACAGUUUCAGCACAAGUCUCAUAAGCAACAACACCAUGUCGAAGAGGAGGACUAGGGAGCCAAAAGAAGAGACUGUCACUCUUGGACCUUCUGUCAGAGAGGGAGAGCUUGUCUUUGGUGUUGCCCACAUUUUUGCGUCAUUCAAUGACACUUUCAUUCAUGUGACUGAUUUGUCUGGAAGGGAAACAAUGGUUCGUAUUACUGGUGGUAUGAAGGUCAAAGCUGAUAGGGAUGAAUCUUCCCCAUAUGCUGCUAUGCUUGCUGCACAAGAUGUUUCUGUUAGAUGCAAGGAGCUUGGCAUCAAUGCGCUUCACAUUAAGCUUCGAGCCACUGGUGGAAACAAGACUAAAACACCUGGACCUGGUGCUCAGUCUGCUCUCAGGGCUCUUGCUCGUUCAGGAAUGAAAAUUGGUCGCAUAGAGGAUGUGACUCCAAUUCCUACUGAUAGCACUCGCAGAAAGGGUGGUAGGAGAGGAAGAAGGCUCUAGGCUUGCUGCUCUUGUCAAGAAGCAGAUGCUUAUUCUUGUUGAGAAUGUUUAGUUUCGAUAUGAACUUGAAUCUUGUUCAUCUACUAUGUAGUUCUAUUGAUGUUGGUCUUGCCUAUAAAUUUUGCUUCUAUUUUGUGGUUAAAUUUGUGAAACAAUUAUGAGAAAUAUGAAUUGUGGCCUAAAACCAAUUUGCUGGUUGAGUA